UUGAGGGGAGUUUCCUGCGAGCUCGGCUUCCUCAACAUGGCAGCGCCCUUGUCAGUGGAGGUGGAGUUCGGAGGUGGUGCAGAGCUCCUGUUUGACGGUGUAAAGAAACAUCAAGUCACCUUGCCUGGACAGGAGGAGCCCUGGGACAUCCGGAACCUCCUUGUCUGGAUCAAGAAGAAUUUGCUAAAAGAGCGGCCAGAGUUGUUCAUCCAUGGAGACAGCGUGCGGCCAGGAAUUCUGGUGCUGAUUAACGAUGCCGACUGGGAACUGCUGGGUGAGCUGGACUACCAGCUUCAGGACCAGGACAACAUCCUCUUCAUCUCCACGCUGCAUGGUGGCUAAGGGCCCUCUCUGUGCCUGGACACCCUUUGGGGGAGGAGAACGGAACAAUCAGAUGUCCCCUUGGGUCCUGCUUCCAGGUCUCCCUAUGCCCCUUGGCUGCUUUCUUCCCUGCUCUAUCUCCCAAGCUCCCUCCAGGCAGGGAAAAGAGGCCAGGUGCUAAAAAUGAGCCUUUCUCAGGCACGUGAGCAUGGGAAGCAGGCAGGCGCCUGAGCCCAGCACUCCAUCUCCCAGCAGCUGAGGUGGGGGAGGGUGCCCCUUUGAUUUGUCACAAGUGGAGGGGGGCCCUGCGGCCAGGUGACCCAGCUGCCUUCCACUCCUGUGUCUCAGUCUAAACACUGAGUGACCGCUGACAAAGCUCUCUAGCUCUUGGGCCACAGUGUCUUCAUGGGGAAGAUAAAUGGACAUGAAUAGCUGAUGGGAGACCCCUCCCUUCUCAAAGAUUGGAUGAGUCUCCGCCUCAGUUUCCCCAUCUGGAUAGCAGAGAGCUCUGCCUGUCCCCCACUGAUAUCAUUAUGGAACCCCAGCUGGGGUCCCCUAUUCAGGGCUGACCCCCUCCCCCCCCUGACAGCAGCUGCUCUUCCAGCCACACCCCUCCUCCUGCUCCCCACAGCCCUUGACCCUGGCUGGCCUCCCCCCACCCAGGCCACCAGAUGGGCUCCUGAGACCCUCCCCAAGCUGCUUACAACUCAUUCUGCUGGGGAUAGAGUGGGGGAAGGAGUAGGCUAAACCUUAGACUAACAAAUAAGAGUCCAGGAGGGUUCAGUGUGCCUCAGUUUCCUCCUUUACACAACUAAAUAUUUAUAAUAUCUGAAAACUGAAGAGAUAUUUGGUGGCACAGUUGUAGAUUUUAUCUCCCUUUCCACCUCCUGCAGGAAGCAAGUUGGGGGCAGGCAGCACCUGGUAGGCAGAGUGGUUUGCCCCUUCUCUCUCCAUCCCUUCUGGAAGUCUUGGGGCCUCGGUGCCUACAACAGCUGGCCUUGGGCAAAUAAAAGAUUAAGUUGUUUACUA